UCCGGCUUUCUACUUCCUGCUUCCGUCCUUGAAGAAUUCGCACGUUUGCUGCUAACAAAAUGGCAAAGAUCAGCAAAGAGGCGAAACAGCGGCUACAGCAAGUGUUCCAGUGCGGGCAGUUUGUUAUCAGAUGGGGGUUCAUACCCACAGUUCUGUAUUUGGGAUUCAAACGGGGGGCGGAUCCUGGCAUGCCGGAACCCACCAUUCUGAGUUUGCUGUGGGGAUGAGGGGCCCAGCCCAGCCCGGUCCAGCCCGGUCCAGCAGGAAGCAGAAUCGCGGAUCCCAAACGAACAUCCUGCGACUUCAUUUUAAUUUGCUGAUUCUCUUUCUGGGUUGUCAUGUGGACCACAGAAGCCAUCAUGUGUAUGAGUGUGUGUAGAACAUGCCAGGAAGCCGGUGUGCAUUCCACUGAACUUAUUUAUCAUUUUGCUGUAUCUAGAGCAUACUGUCUUUGUACCAUGUGACAUGUCUAAACCAAUCCAAGUCUGAGUGUUGAAUGAACAUUUUUUUUGACUUAACGAAGAAGAGUGGCUUGUGAUUUCUCUGCACACUUAGUAUUGUUCAUCCAUCCAUCUUAACCAUUAUCUUAACCCGCCUAUCCUGAACAGGGUCGCAGGGGGGCUGUCCCAGCAUACAUUAGGCGAAAUGCAGGAAUACACCCUGGACAGGUCGCUAGUCCAUCACAGGGCACACACACCAUUCACUCACACACUCAUACCCACGGGCAAUUUAGACUCUCCAAUCAGCCUAACCUGCAUGUCUUUGGACUGUGGGAGGAAACCGGAGUACCUGGAGGAAACCCUCAGAAGAAAAACCAGCCUUUGCCUUCAAAACAGCAUAAAUUCUUCUAGUUAUACUUGCACACACUUGCACAAGGAACUUGGCAGGUAGGUUGUUCCAAACAUCUUGGAGAACUGGCCACAGUUCGUCUGUGGAUUUAGGCAGCCUCAAAUGCUUCUGACAGACUCAAUGAUGUUGAGAUCAGGGCUCUGUGGGGGCUGUACCAUCACUUCCAGGGCUCCUUGUUCUUUAUGCUGAAGAUAGUUCUUAAUGACAUUGGUUGGAUGUUUGGGGUUGUUGUCCUGCUGCAGAAUUUGGGGCAGGCAGAAUUUGGGGCCAAUCAGAUGCCUCCCUGAUGGUAUUGCAUGAUGGAUAAGUAUCUGCCUGUACUUCUCAGCAUUGAGGAGACCAUAAAUUCUGACCAAAUCCCCAACUCCAUUUGCAGAAAUGCAACCCCAAACUUGCAAGGAACCUCCACUAUGCUUCACUGUUUCCUGCAGACACUCAUUCUUGUACCGCUCUCCAGCCCUUUGGCCAACAAACUCUUCUGCUUCAGAAAAAUAUUUCAUUUUGACUCUUGGCCUUGUUGGCACGUCUUGGUUUUUGGCCGCAAUUCUUCCAUGAAGACCACUUCUGACCAGACUUCUCCGCACAGAUGGGUGUACCUGGGUCCCACUGGUUUCUGACAAUUCUGAGCUGAUGGCACUGCUGGACAUCUUCGGAUUGUGAAGGGAAGUAAGCAUGGUGUGUCUUUCAUCUGCUGCACUAAGUUUCCUUGGCCGACCACUGCGUCUACAGUCCUCAACGUUGCCCGUUUCUUUGUGCUUCUUCAGCAGAGCUUGGACAUCACAUCUGGAAACCCCUGUCUGCCUUGAAAUUUCUGCCUGGGAGAGACCUUGCUGAUGCAGUAUAACUACCUUGUGUCUUGUUGCUGUGCUCAGGCUUGCCAUGGUGUAUGACUUAUGACAUUAAACUGUUUUCAGCAACCUCACCUUAAAAGCAGAGUUGGGCUGUUCCUCACCCAGUUUUAACCCUCCUACACAGCUAUUUGUGUUUCAGUUAAUGAUUGUGUUUCAACCUACAUAUUAAAUUGAUGAUCAUCAGCUCCUAUUUGGUAUAAUUGGUUAAUCGCACACCUGACUAUAUGCCUACAAAAUCCCUGACUUUGUGCACAUGUACCUAGAAGAAUUGAUGGUUUGAAGGCAAAGGGUGGUCACACCAAAUAUUGUUUUGAUUUAGAUUUUUAUUCUGCUGACUCACUUUGCAUUUUGUUAAUUGAUAAAAAUAAACUAUUAACAUUUCCAUUUUUGAAA